UGAUUCCCCAUUGGCACCUGCCGAUCUCCGAGGAUUUCCAACCGGGGGAGAGACCUGUAUGUAAAAAAAUACAAAUCUCUCCUCUGUCUGCUCCUGCACACUGCUUUGUAUGGCUCUGCAUAGCAGAGCCAUACAAAGAAUUGUGCUUAGAGUGAAACACAGCACACAGCCUCAUAAUAAAACAGCACAUAGUUAACCCUUUGAUCGCCCCACAUGUUAACCCCUUCCUGCCCAGUGCCAUUGGUACAGUGUCAGUGCUUUUUAUUAGCACUGAUCACUGUAUUGGUGUCACUGGGGAUGUCAGUGACACCAAGUCAGUUCCCCCCAGUGUCAGAAUGCCCGUCGCAGUCCGCAAUAAGCCGCUGA